AUGGCUGAAGAACUCUCUACUGCUAGUGCCCCUGUCACAAACUCUGAACUCAUUGUCAAGAUCCUGAGUGGUCUAGGACCAGAGUUUCGUGAGAUUUCUGCUGCAAUUCGUGCUCGUGACUCCACUAUUACGUAUGAAGAACUCUAUGAAAAGCUUCUUGAUCAUGAGCUUUUCCUUAGACAUGAAGAGUCAAAGAAAGCUCCUAGACAAAUUACUGUUGCUGCUGCUACAUUUAACAAAUCUGGAAACUCCAACAAUCGCAACGAUCGUCGCUCCAACAAUAACAAUGGCAACAACCAACAAUGGCGAUACAACAAUCGCUUUAACUCACAAAAUCAAGGGCGAUCUUCGGACACCAACAGCUCUUAUGAUGGUGUUCGCUGCCAGUUGUGCAACAAACCAGGUCAUGUUGCAAGUACGAGGUUCAGAGAGGGAUCCCCACCGCGGUUUGACCGCGUUUACGGUGGAACCGCGGUAGACGAGGUUCAGAGAGGGAUCCCCACCGCGGUUUGA